AUGUAUGCACUCACUAACUGUAAGUCGCUCUGGAUAAGAGCGUCUGCUAAACGACUAAAAUGUAAAUGAGUAUAUCUUUCUUAUUCAAUGUCAUGGCUGUAGGCUGAAAAUACCAAUUAGCAACAUUAGGCCUAUAUUUUCAACCAACAUCAUUUUUUGUUUUGUUUUUACUAUCAGCAUGUGAGGGCACUAAAUAGGCGAACCAACCUACCCUUAAAUCAUAGCCAGAACCAUGUCACUCAUCGUAGUGGAAAAGUGCCUCUAUUUUACUGAAUCAUCCCGGGGGGAAUCUCUCUUAACCAACGCGAAAGACCAGUCAGUGAAAGACCAGUCAGUGAAAGACCAGUCAGUGAAAGACCAGUCAGCGAAAGACCAGUCAGCGAAAGACCAGUCAGUGAAAGACCAGUCAGUGAAGUCAGUGAAAGACCAGUCAGUGAAAGACCAGUCAGUGAAGUCAGUGAAAGACCAGUCAGUGAAAGACCAGUCAGUGAAGUCAGUGAAAGACCAGUCAGUGAAAGACCAGUCAGUGAAAGACCAGUCAGUGAAAGACCAGUCAGCGAAAGACCAGUCAGUGAAAGACCAGUCAGUGAAAGACCAGUCAGUGAAAGACCAGUCAGCGAAAGACCAGUCAGCGAAAGACCAGUCAGCGAAAGACCAGUCAGUGAAAGACCAGUCAGUGAAAGACCAGUCAGUGAAGUCAGUGAAAGACCAGUCAGUGAAAGACCAGUCAGUGAAAGACCAGUCAGUGAAAGACCAGUCAGUGAAAGACCAGUCAGUGAAAGACCAGUCAGUGAAAGACCAGUCAGUGAAAGACCAGUCAGUGAAAGACCAGUCAGUGAAGUCAGUGAAAGACCAGUCAGUGAAAGACCAGUCAGUGAAAGACCAGUCAGUGAAAGACCAGUCAGUGAAAGACCAGUCAGUGAAAGACCAGUCAGUGAAAGACCAGUCAGUGAAAGACCAGUCAGUGAAAGACCAGUCAGCGAAAGACCAGUCAGUGAAAGACCAGUCAGUGAAAGACCAGUCAGUGAAAGACCAGUCAGCGAAAGACCAGUCAGUGAAAGACCAGUCAGCGAAAGACCAGUCAGCGAAAGACCAGUCAGUGAAAGACCAGUCAGUGAAAGACCAGUCAGUGAAAGACCAGUCAGUGAAAGACCAGUCAGUGAAAGACCAGUCAGCGAAAGACCAGUCAGCGAAAGACCAGUCAGUGAAAGACCAGUCAGCGAAAGACCAGUCAGUGUGGUUGUUCAACUGUCAGCCACAUCAACGAUCAGCAGCACAACAUCUGAAAGGUCCCUGUUCCACUGCUAGUUUCACAUUCCUGAAAACAGGCAGGCAAGGCAGUAUAACAAACCAUGGAUAUUGAAAAGGUGGAUAACAUACAAAAAAGUUGAAAAUACAGUGUACAAAACAUUAGGAACACGUAUGAACCUUUAUAAUGUCUUACUGUACGGCUUAUACAGUCUUAUGUUUCUGUAUGUAUGAAAUGUACAACCCCACUUUAAAUGGCUAUAAAUGACUGUUAUUUGGUCACAAUGAGAUGAUAUUAAGACAGUGCUGCAUAAAGGGGUCAUACAUGCGUAUGACAGGUCUUAUAAUGCAUUAUACCUGCGGGCUUUAAGUCAAGGGUUAUCCACCAGUUUACAUCAUUUGUAAUAUUAAAUAUGGUAGUUACUGUUAUCCCGUGGUUAUUAAGGGACCAACAUUUUUAUGAGACCGCUGCAAACACACUGCCUACUGAUUGACAACUUACUGAGAUGUGGCUAUGUGCUUCCUGAUAGAACACAGCUGGACCAAUGGCUGCCCAUGGAACUCAUUGAGCACAAUGGGUGGAAACUAUGGUGUCCAACAUGGAACAAAAAACAGGGUCAUGUUCAUUAGGCAGAAAAAUAAGAAACACUCAUUUUUGUUUUCCAUUGCAAAAUGUUUUGUAACGUUUUCUGUUGCAUCCCCUAAUGAAUAAGACCCAGCAGAAUCAAUAACCCAACAAACAGGAAACUAUUGUGGUCCGUUUUGUGAAACUUGAACAGUGUGUGUUUGGUUUGAACAGCGUACAUUCUGUGUGUCUAGUUAUUUACUGGUUUGUUGUUUAGGGAUUUCUGUGUAUUUUUUCUGAACAGUUCUGAAAAGUUCAGAGUCAGAUUGUACAUUAAAAAUAGUGAAAAAAUAAACAAUUUAAAACACA